AUGAAGCUGUCCGCCAUCCUCGCCGCCCUCCCCGCGCUAGCCCUCGCCUCCCCGACGCCGACGGUCGAGAAGCGCGCCACCACGUUCUGCGACCAGUGGGGCUCCGCCGUCACCGGCACCUACACCGUCUACAACAACCUCUGGGGGGCGUCCUCCGGCACGGGCAGCCAGUGCACGACCUUGAGCGGCCUCUCGGGGGGCAACCUGCAGUGGUCGACCACCUGGUCCUGGUCUGGCGGCCCGUACAGCGUCAAGUCGUACGCCAACGCCGUCGUCAACGUCAGCAAGAAGGCCCUGAGCGCCAUCAACAGCAUCCCCUCGACCUGGAACUGGAGUUACUCCGGCAACGGUCUCGUCGCCAACGUCGCCUACGACCUCUUUACCUCCUCCACGGCCUCCGGGUCCGCCCAGUACGAGAUCAUGAUCUGGCUCGGCGCCCUCGGCGGAGCGGGCCCCAUCAGCGCCACCGGCAGCCCCGUCGCGCGGCCCACCGUCGCCGGCCGCGCCUGGAACCUCUACAAGGGCACCAACGGCCAGAUGACCGUCUUCAGCUUCGUCGCCCCCAGCAACGUCCAGAGCUUCAGCGGCGACCUCGAGGCCUUCGUCACCUACCUCGUCGGCAGCCAGGGCCUGCCCGCGUCGCAGAUCCUCCAGAGCAUCGGCGCCGGCACUGAGCCCUUCGUCGGCUCCAACGCAAAGUUCACCACGACCGCGUACAGUGCCUCGCUUUCCUGA